AUGAGUGAAGCACCUAAAGUCACUAGAAGAAGAUUUGUAGGUACCAGAAAAACUGCAACAAAUACUUCUGAACCUACUACAACUAAUGGUGAUGCCAAUAAAACUAUAGUUCAUAAGCCUAGGGUCAAGAGGAAUGUUGGUAGAGCCUUUAAUCAUAUUCCAGAUGAUAUUAUAAAUGAUGAGGAUUUAAAUGAAGCUAUUAAAUUAUUGCCUUCUAACUAUAAUUUUGAAAUUCAUAAAACAGUUUGGAAUAUUAGAAAAAUGAACGCUAAAAGAGUAGCUUUACAAAUGCCUGAAGGUCUUUUGAUUUAUAGUUUGGUUAUUAGUGAUAUAUUAGAACAGUUUUGUAACUGUGAAACUUUAGUGAUGGGUGAUGUUUCUUAUGGUGCUUGUUGUAUAGAUGAUUAUACAGCAAGAGCUUUAAAUUGUGAUUUUAUUGUUCAUUAUGCUCAUUCAUGUUUAGUCCCUAUUGAUAUUACCACUAUCAAAGUAUUAUAUAUUUUUGUGACUAUUAAUAUAGAUGAAACUCAUGUUAUUAAAACUUUACAAAAGCAUUUCCCAAAGGGUACACGACUUGCUACAUUUAGUACGAUUCAAUUCAAUCCAUCUCUUCAUAGUAUUAAAGAGAAACUUUUGACAGAUGAGAAUCAUAUGUUAUAUAUUAUUCCACCUCAAAUCAAACCACUUUCUAGAGGUGAAGUAUUAGGGUGUACAUCUGAACGAUUAGAUAAGGAGCAAAUUGAUUAUAUGAUAUUUAUUGGUGACGGUAGAUUUCAUUUAGAAUCUGCUAUGAUUCAUAAUCCUGGAAUUCAAGCAUUUAAAUAUGAUCCUUAUAAUAAAAAGUUUACACGUGAAGGUUAUGAUCAAAAACAAUUGGUUAAAGUUAGAACAGAAGCUAUUGAAACAGCAUCGAAGGCUCAAACUUUUGGUUUAAUCCUAGGUGCAUUAGGUAGACAAGGUAAUAACUCUACAUUAGAUAAUCUAGAAAAAUCCUUAAAAUUGGCGGGUAAAACAGUGGUUAAGAUCAUUUUAAGUGAAAUUUUCCCACAAAAAUUAAGUAUGUUUGGAGAAAUCGAUGCGUUUGUACAAGUUGCAUGUCCUAGAUUAUCAAUUGAUUGGGGUUAUGCAUUUAAUAAACCAUUAUUGACACCAUAUGAGGCUAAUGUUUUAUUAAAGAAGGAUAUUAUGUUCACGGAAGAUUAUUAUCCAAUGGAUUAUUAUGAAGAAAAUGGUUAUGGUCGAGGUCAAAUACCAAAGCAUGCUUCGCAAGAUUGA